UUUUCACGCCGCCCUCUUCCUAUCUUCCGCUCUCUAUUUAUUAUCGUACUCCGGCCAUGCACCUCUUCCUCCUCCUCUUCCUUUCCUUCUUCCUUCUUCGACUCCUCUUCGUCCAAUGGCGUCGCUCCCGCCACAAACGCUUGCCCCCCGGUUCCGUUGGUUGGCCCUAUAUAGGCGAGACCCUCAAGCUCUACACGGAGAACCCGAACUACUUCUUCUCCAACCGUCAAAAACGGUACGGUGACAUAUUCAAGACACAUAUAUUGGGAUGUCCAUGCGUGAUGAUAUCAAGCCCCGAGGCGGCCAGGACUGUGCUCGUCACUCAUGCGCACCUGUUUAAGCCCACCUUCCCCCCAAGCAAAGAGAAAUUGAUCGGCCCCGAGGCCGUCUUCUUUCAGCAGGGUGCUUACCACUCCAUGCUCAAGAAGCUGGUUCAGGCCUCUUUUUUACCCUCUGCUCUUAAGAACUCUGUCUCUGAGAUUGAGCACAUCGUUCUCAGAUUGCUCCCCUCUUGGAACCACGCCACCAUCAACACCCUCCAAGAAAUGAAAAGGUAUGCUUUCGAGGUGGCGGUUAUCUCGGCCUUCGGCGAAACCAAGGAAGUCGAGAUGGCAGAAAUCAAAGACUUGUAUCGGUGCUUGGAGAAAGGCUACAAUUCCUUGCCUUGGGAUCUUCCUGGAACUUCCUACAGAAAGGCAAUGAAGGCGAGGAAGCUUCUGAAUGAGACCAUAAGGACGCUGAUACGUAGGAGAACGGAAAGUGAGAAGCAUGAACGAGGGUUAUUGGGAAUUCUAUUGCGAGCGAGGAAUCAAAAGAUGUAUCAACUCACUGAUUCUCAGAUAGCUGAUAAUCUCAUAGGCGUCAUAUUUGCUGCCCACGAUACCACUGCUAGUGCCAUAACAUGGGUUCUCAAGUAUCUGCACGAUAAUGUCCAUCUUCUAGAAUCCGUGACGAAAGAACAGGAAGAGAUUAGAAGCAAACUUGUUGAGGAAAAUCGGGGCCUUACGUGGGAUGAUACCAGGCGCAUGCCAUUCACCAGCCGGGUAAUUCAAGAAACGCUGAGAAGUGCAAGCAUACUGUCAUUCACAUUCAGAGAAGCGGUGAGAGAUGUUGAGCUGGAAGGGUAUUCAAUUCCUAAGGGUUGGAAGGUGCUUCCCCUCUUCAGAAGCAUUCAUCACUCUGCUGAUUUCUUCCCUCAACCCGACAAAUUCGACCCUUCCAGAUUUGAGGUGCCACCGAGACCAAACACGUACAUGCCAUUCGGGAAAGGAGUCCACUCUUGUCCAGGCAGUGACCUGGCUAAGCUCGAGAUUCUCGUCCUCCUCCACCACCUCGCCAUUUCUUACAGGUGGCAAGUCGUGGGAAAUGAAGAUGGUAUUCAGUAUGGUCCUUUUCCUGUGCCUAAACAUGGAUUACCAGUAAGGAUAACCCCGAGGAACAAGACAGUUACCUGAGACGCUGCAGAUUUCAUUUCAGGCUUGGGAGUUAAGACCUUGACUCAACAAACACGUCCAAACCGGUGGGGCCUAACCAAUGCAUUCCCACCCCAAUCAAGAUCUAUCUUCUUCCCUUUUUUUUUUUUUUUCAAUUUUCUUUCGUCCUCCCAACAUGAAAGACUCUUGGGAUGGAUUUAGCACUGAUUACAGUGCGUACCUAUCUACAUAGAAUUGUAAACUGUGUUUCCGAAGAAAAAUAUAUACAAUUUUUU